UAUAUAAGAAAACAAAAAAUAUAUCAAAUGUUCCUAAAGAAAUUUUUAACUUAACCUUUAAAGCAGAUUCAUUCAACUAAAACAUAGAGUUUCAGUAGCGGUUUCUCCGGUCCAUAUAAUCCAAACAGAUAUAAAGAUUAUUACGUGCCAAGAACAUUACCAAAAAAUGAAGAAAUAGUCGAAUAUGUUCAUAGUGUACAUUCUGUUCCCAAUUCUCCUGUCAGAAACGUUCGUCAUAUUAAUCCAGUAAGAGAAUCAGGUCCAUUACCCACAUAUGACGGUCCAUAUACAAUGGAAGACAUAAGAUCAAUGUAUUACAAUACCACAGUAGGUUAUGAUUAUUGUUAUUGUCAAAUGGACCCUGAAGAAAUAAUGAGAAGAGUUCCUGGAAUAACAAGAAAGGAGGCUGAAUGGAUAACAAAAUUAGGUUUAUCCCCUUAAGAAUAAGUAGAUUUUGCUUAUAUAGCAUAUAAUAUUGGACUUGAUAUAUUUUAUUUGACAAAUCAAGUUUUUGUUGCAAGAUAAGUAGUCACUAAUUCUAAAGGUGAAAAAGUGGAAGUAUUAUGGAAUUCUUAAGCUUAUGAAGAUAUUGCAAUGCUUAAUGUAGGUUUUGCACCUGUACUAGAAAGUGUGGAUUAUCAUUGGGAAAUUUUCCUUUGGGCAGAUCCACCAAUUAAACCUAUUAAUGAUUUUGAUUUAAAUGUGCCUAAUACUUGGUUUGAAUAUGAAUAGGAAUGGUGGUAAGAGGCUAAUAUUAUUCAAGACUAAAUGAGUAUUCCGGAAGAUAUGAGACCUUACCCAAGUCCUAGAAAUCCUCAUUGUAGAAAAGAGUUAUGGAAAAGUUAAGAUAGUUUAUAAGAAGAAAAUUUAUUAAAAGAUGAAAACUGGUAUCCUGAAAAUACUAAAUUUAAUAUUUAUUAAUAGAAAGAUUUCAUUAAAUAAAAAGAUUCUAAUUAGAUAACUGAUGAUAUUAGGAUUUGAUAAUAUUUUUUUUUUAUCAUAUAAAUAAUAAAAACAAAAAAAUCAAAAAUAUUAGUAUAAUUUUUAUUUUUUAAAUAUUCAUAAAAUAUAAAAAGUUUUAAAUAU